AUGCCCUCCCUUCGGAUCAUCAACGGCUUCAAUCAUCGCAAGAAGGAACCGAAGCCAACUACACCAAUACAAAGACAACUCGUGAGGACCCGGCAGCGUGACUUAGAGAAUGCUGAGGCUUCGAUGGCUGCCAUGGAUAGGCGGCUUAACCAGCGGCAUAACGAGGAACCACAGCCUCUAGGUGAUGAGAUAGUAGAGGAUCAUCCUAUGCCUGCACAUGAUGAUGUAGAUCAACCUGGUGACGAAGAAGGUGAAGACAAUCAGAAUCUUGACAUGAAUCGAUAUAUGAACGGUGAAGUAGCUCCACAGGAACUUCUCAAUCCCGAAGACCCGAUAUUAGCAGCAUUGCGAAGGGAGGUACAUCUAGCAGACCGCCUGGCCAACGAGAAAGACUGGUUUUGGCAGUACACUAUCAUGUUACCUACGUUUCUUCGCAACCGGUUGCUUACCUCAAACUGGGGAAAGGAAGCUAAUUGGAACGAAGACUUUCGACCUCCCUGUAACUGCGCCGGGCGGACUGAACGCAACGUUGAUCUUGUCGAUAUCCUAUGUGAGUCAAAAUCAUAG